AUGGCCAACAUGGACCCAGCAGCGGCCCCAGCGCCGUCUUCAGAUGUCCAAAAUACUCCAUCGGAGGUCGAUGUCACUAAGCGCGACGCUGCCAACGAUGUCUCCAAUGCUGACGAGCCCCCCUCGAAGAAGGCGCGACUCGACGAGGCCUCGGAAAACACGGAGCAGGACCCCAGGUCGAAAGGCAUUGCGCCCAUUAAGGCAGAAUUCUUGAUUCCCUCCAAGCCUAAGCCUACAGUCGAGACCAACACUGAUGAUGCCGCCGAAGGUGCAUCCCACGCCGAGCGCGAGGACGGCAAGAAGGACAAGAAAAAGAAGAAGGCCAAGGGCCAGAACACCAACCGGAGUUUCGGUUCGUCCAAAGAUGCCAAGGGUCUCUGUACCUCAAGAAUGUACAGCCCAGAGUUUUCACCGGAAGAGUGCAAGUUUGGCGACGAGAAGUGCCGGUUUGAGCAUGACUUGCGGCUUUACUUGCGAGAACACAGACGCGAGGACCUUACGACGCUCGGUGGAAAGUGCCCUGUUUGGGAGACCCGCGGGAAAUGCUACCUUGGGUGGAGAUGCCGCUUCGUUGGGUCUCAUUCGACUGAACGGGAGACUGAAGAUGGAAGGAAAGAGUUGAUCCUGCUGGAAGACGAAGAGCGCAAGGGAAAGGCCAAGCCCCUGGUGCCCUUCGCAACGGCCGAUGGCCAGGUCAACAUCAUUUCCUACGACGCUAAGGUUGAUCUUGCGCGGAAGCGAGAGACAACUCCUCGUGCCAAUGCAUUCAAUGAGUGGCUCAACAAGGCUUCCACAGAGCUUGAGAAGCAACUGCACGGACGACACAAGGAGGAAGGAGAGGAUGCCAAAGCCAAUGGCGAGAGCGAGGAGACUAAGAUGGAAUCCGACACAAACGUCAAGGAAGAGAGGGAAAUCAACCGAGCCAUGUUUACCGAGCCUCCUUUCCUGCCGUCCGAGAAGAGACGCAUCUAUUUCGGCCCCGAGACUCCAACAUUGGCUCCUCUGACAACUCAAGGCAACAUGCCAUUCCGGAGACUCUGCACAGAUUUGGGUGCGCAGUUUACAUACUCAGAGAUGGCGAUGAGUAUGCCGCUGAUCCAAGGUAACAAGUCCGAGUGGACUCUGUUGAAGGCGCAUGAGUCGGAAAUGCUCCCUCCGACUGUUAUCCCGGGAGACAACAUUGUCCAAGGUUACGACAACUCCAAGGAUUUCAAGUUCGGAGCUCAGAUCGCAGCUAACAAGCCGUGGCAUGCUCUCAAGGCCACGGAAGUUCUUUCCAAGUACACACCCAAUCUGCGUGUUAUUGACUUGAACUGUGGCUGCCCGAUUGACCUUGUGUUCCGCGAUGGAGCAGGCUCGGCGCUCUUGGAUCACCAUUCCAAGCUGGAGAAGAUCAUUCGUGGCAUGAAUGCUGUCUCCCAAGAAAUUCCCAUCACCGUCAAGAUUCGCAUGGGAACUAAGGAUAACCAACCCACUGCCUUGAAGCUUGUUGAGCGCAUGGUUCUCGGUGGUUACGAAUCAAGUAUCUUGAAUGUCGGUCCCCCGGGUGCCGCCGCUAUCACUCUCCACGGACGUAGCAGACAACAGCGGUACACCAGACAGGCAGAUUGGGGCUACAUUGCGGACUGCGCAGCUCUUAUCAAGCGACUGAACGAGAAGAAGGAUAGUCUUACAGACACUAUCAACGAGCCCGAUGCUCGCUACAUGCCUAAUGGCGGCAAGACAUACUUCCUUGGUAACGGUGACUGCUACUCGCACGUUGAUUACGAUGACCACAUCAACAACGCCGGCGUUGAUUCAGUCAUGCUGGGACGUGGUGCUCUGAUCAAGCCCUGGCUCUUCGAGGAAAUCCAGUCGGGCCAAUAUCUUGACAAGUCGGCAUCGGAGCGUCUCGGUAUGAUCGAGAAGUUUGCCAAGUACGGCCUCGAGGCAUGGGGCUCUGAUGAGCAUGGCAUUGGUACUACCCGCCGCUUCAUGUUGGAAUGGCUGAGCUUCGCGUACCGCUACGUUCCGAUUGGAUUGCUAGAGUAUCUUCCUCCACAUAUUAACGACCGACCUCCUGCCUUCCGUGGCCGGAAUGAGCUGGAGACUCUCAUGGCCAGUGGCAACUACAAGGACUGGAUCAAGAUCACUGAAAUGUUCCUCGGUCCUGCACACCCAGACUUCAAGUUCGAGCCCAAACACAAGUCAAAUUCUUACGAACAGGCCGAGGGAUAG